UUCUUUUACUCAUCAUUUUGAAGUGUCCCCAUUACCAAUUGUUCUUUCUUUUUCAUUAGGUUGGCCUUGGGGUUAACUUCGAUACUUUUGAAGUUUAAACCCCAUUUUGGUCAACUUAAUUCAAAAAGAACGGAUAAUAAAUAAAUAAAUAAAAUGGCGAGAUCACUAAACAUUUUCCUUUUUUUGCUUUGUUUGGCAAUUAUGACUCCUUCAUUGAAUGCCAAUAUAUUAGAGAGUAGUGAGUAUUGGAAAGAACAACGGCCCGAGUUUGAUUCAUAUUGGCAGGAAAGGGCUAAAAUUGCAAAACAAGAUAAUCAUGCAGCUUAUUUUCCCGAUCCUUUUGCAGUUUCUGGAAAUUUUACCGCUUCUAUCUCUGAAAUCAUAGCUGGAAAGAGCACAAGAAGGAACUUGAAGGGAGGAAAAGGAGGAGAAAAAUGUUUGGCAACAAACCCCAUUGACAGAUGCUGGAGGUGUGACCCAAAUUGGGCUAACAACCGCCAGAAGCUAGCCGACUGUGUCCAAGGCUUCGGCAGAAAUACCCGUGGAGGUAAAGGCGGUCCAAUCUACGUUGUCACUGAUCCCUCUGACACCGAAUUGUUGAACCCAAGACCCGGCACUCUCCGUCACGCUGUCACCCGUAACGGUUCCCUUUGGAUCACAUUCGCUCGCAGCAUGAUGAUCACACUCCAACAAGAGCUUAUCAUGACAAGCGACAAGACCAUUGAUGGUAGAGGAGUUGAUGUUUACAUUGCCAAUGGAGCCGGAAUUACUAUCCAAUUUAUUAAGAAUGUUAUCAUCCAUGAAAUCAAGAUUUACAACAUUCAAGUCCGUGAAGGCGGCAUGAUUAUAGAUUCUGAGAGCCAUUAUGGUAUCAGGACUAGGAGUGAUGGUGAUGGUAUUUCCAUCUUUGGUUCUAGUAAUAUCUGGAUUGAUCAUGUUUCGAUGAGAAAUUGUACUGAUGGUUUGAUCGACGCGAUCAUGGGUUCGACUGCUAUUACCAUCUCGAAUGGCCAUUUCACCGACCACAACGAGGUGAUGCUUUUCGGUGCUAGUGACUCGUACACCGACGACAAAAUCAUGCAAAUCACAUUGGCAUUCAACCACUUUGGAAAGAGAUUAGUCCAAAGAAUGCCAAGAGCAAGGUUCGGUUUUGUCCAUUGUGUUAACAAUGACUACACUCAUUGGGAAAUGUAUGCCAUUGGUGGUAGCAGUAACCCUACCCUUAUUAGUGAAGGUAACAGAUUCAUUGGCCCUGAAAACAAAUUUGUAGGCAAGGACCAAAUCAAUGCUAAAGAGGUAACAAAGAGAGAAUACACAGAAGAAAAAAUAUGGACAAGUUGGCAAUGGAGAUCGAUCAACGACGAGUUUUUGAACGGAGCAUACUUUGUAAACUCGGGACCAGAGCUAAAGGACAGGCCGUUUUCAAGGAAAGACAUGAUCACAGCUAAACCAGGAAGUUAUGUUGGAAGGCUUACAAGGUAUUCUGGAAUCCUAGGAUGUCGUGUUGGUCAACCUUGUUAGUUUUGGUCAUUCUAUUAUUACUACUCAUUGCUACAAAUGUGGCAUGACAAAGUAGAAAAAGAAUGAAGAGCAAUAUGGAGUUUCCUAACAUAGAUUUUGCCUAGUAGUUUUUUUUUAUUUCUUGUUUACUUUUCCUUCAGUUUUCAUAAAGGAAAAGGUUACUCAAGAAAUCUUUAAUUUCAAUGUCACAAAUGUAUAUGCAAAAAAGGAGUGUUCAGUUUUAAUGCCAAUGAAAAAUUUCGUUUUUAUCA